AUGCCUCCUAAAAAGAACACGUCCAAGUCCGUUGAGGCUUCUACGGAGACGGCGAAGAGAAGUACUCGCACUAGCGCUAGGCAGGUCACCGUGACGAAGGCGGAAAAGUCUGUGAAAGAACCUGUGAAAUCCGCCGCAAAGCCCGCCGCAAAGCCCGCCGCAAAGCUUGCUACAAAGCCUGCUACAAAGUCUGCCGCAAAGCCCGCUACAAAGCCCGCUACAAAGUCCGCCCCAAAGCCGACUGCAACAUCUACCAAGUCUACUGCGAAGCCAAGUAAAAUGGCAACAUCUACCAAAUCGACAUCUGCUACGAAGAAGCGCAAGGCGGAUGAGGAUGAAGGGAAACCUCGCGAAAUCAAAAGGUCUCGUGUCGCGCAACCCCGUCAGCCAAAACAGAAAGUCAAAAUUGUCAUCAAUGAGGCGCCAAAGACUAAGCUGAACGUAUUUGUCUGUGGUGAGGGUAGCUCUGGUGAGCUAGGUCUGGGCACGGCUAAGAAUGCCAUCGAUGUGAAGCGCCCACGUUUGAAUAAGCUUCUGUCUGCCGAAGAGGUCGGAGUUGUACAGGUUGCUGUCGGUGGCAUGCACUGUCUAGCUCUGACCCAUGACAACAAGAUCUUCUCGUGGGGUGUGAACGACCAGGGUGCGCUCGGAAGAGAAACCGAGUGGGACGGUGGAUACAAGGACAUUGAAAACAACAGCGAUUCCGAUUCAGACGAUGAAGACAGUGGAUUAAACCCCCGUGAAUCUAUUCCCACUGCUAUUCCCGCUACCGCUUUUCCUGAAGGCACUGUUUUCGUUGAAGUCGCCGCCGCGGAUAGCGCAAGCUUUGCCCUGACCGAUGAUGGUCUGGUUUAUGGCUGGGGCACAUUCAGAAGCAAUGAUGGAAUCCUCGGAUUCGACGCGUCUUCUCACGUUCAAACGACUCCAACUUUGAUCUCCUCCUUGAAGAAGAUCACACACCUGACUUGCGGAGCCAAUCACGUUCUUGCCCUGAAUGACCAAGGUCGUGUCUACUCGUGGGGUUCAGGACAGCAGAAUCAGCUCGGCCGCAGAAUCGUGGAACGCAACAGAUUGAAUGGUCUUCAGCCUCGGGAGUUCGGUCUCCCCAAGAACAUUAUCCAUAUCGGUAGCGGCUCGUACCACUCGUUUGCUGUCCACACCACCGGCAAUGUCUAUGCAUGGGGAUUGAAUAGCUUCGGUGCAACUGCUAUCCGAGAGGGCGCUGGCGACGAUGAAGCCGCUAUCGUGCAUCCCACCCUUGUGGAAUCACUUUCUGGCCAAAAUAUCUCGCAAAUUUGCGGUGGCGCUCAUCACUCAGUUGCAAUUGCCGGCGAUGGUGAGUGCCUGGUUUGGGGCCGCCUCGAUGGUUUCCAAAGUGGUCUGAAGAUUGAUACACUUGCCGAUGACGCCGUUAUCAAGGAUGAACGCGAUCGCCCCCGUAUUCUGAUUGCGCCUACUCCAGUUCCUGGCAUCAAAGCCAAGGUUGUGGCGGCUGCUUCGGAUCACUCUCUCGCUAUCGAUACCGAUGGCCGUGCCUGGUCAUGGGGAUUCUCCGCUACGUACCAAACUGGACAAGGUACACAAGAUGACAUUGAGAUGGCUACCGUUAUCGACAACACUGCUACUCGUGGAAAGAAACUGAACUGGGCUGGUGCGGGUGGCCAGUUCUCUGUGUUCACAGAGCCUGCCAGCGAGUGA